CUUCCAUCCGUGGCCUUGCCGAAUUGCGGCAAUCUCGUGGUCCCUCUGUAGCAAGUCUACCGCACAUAGACGAACAGUCGCUCAAGCAAGGUACUGCGACCAUGGUACGCGCUUCCUUUCAGUCGGACAGUACUGCCUCUGACGCGACAUUGGACGAGAAGGACCCAUCAGAGCCCUAUCGCGGUCACGAAGAGCGCGAUGACGCCGGCCAUGUGACGUCGUCCAACUAUCGCUUCAGAGAUUCCGUGGAGUUCAUCGGACAGGAAGAGGAGGAGGAGCAGGUAGGAUUGAUGCAGCUUGAUCGCAGAAGACAGAGAUCAUCACAACGGAUACCCCUCUCGUCACGGAAGCCAGAGCGCAAGCUGCGUCGCUUAUUGAGGGAACACGAGGCUCUCAUCAUCAUCAUCUUCUCCUCGAUUCUCGCCCUUCCACUCCUCGUCGCGCUAUACGCCUGGCUGGUAUCGGCAUCACAUUUGCCCAUCGCCGCAUCGACAGAUGUGAUCGUCAGCCCGCCCUCAGGGUUCCUCCCAGACAACAAAGUCUCCAUCAGUGCGGCACGGAAGUAUGCAGCUUCUUCCGAUGACGCAGAAGGCCACUAUGGCCUCCGCCAGGCGCCCGGAUUUGCCUUCAAUGAAGCAGUACCCGGAUGGGCUACCCCUGAGGAGGCGGAUCAGGUCUUACGACUCGCCAAAGGAACGACCAAGAAGGCGCUGGAAAGCCAGGGGUGGACGACACUGAAGCCCAAAAGCAUGGAUGUCAUUUUCAACGGAACGCUGGAUACUGUCAGCAUAGAUCUGGCCUGGAGUGCCGAAGACAAAGACGAUGGCGUCUUUAUGCGCAAAGAUCCUGCCACGUCGGACAUCAUCUUCCAAGACGUGACGCAUGCCCGUUUGCAGAUGACCGGCCAGGGCAGUGUAGCGCCAGGGGGCGGGCAAGUCACCUUUGUCCGCGGUAAGGACGUGCAGGACAAGACCGGCAAACAGCUCGCAUGGGACACCUUCGUCGUCUCCCCGGACCUUUCGCACGUCAUGUUCUUUUCCGACACGAUGCGAGUCUACCGACACUCGAGACAGUCCAAUGUCUGGAUCCACAAUGUCGAGGAGAAGCGGACAUGGCCGAUAGGUGACGGUCCUUCGAAGCCUCCAGCGAUUGCACAUGCUGCAUGGAUCCCAUCUACCUCGUUCAGCUUAGCAUACGUGAAAGACAACAACUUGUAUGUCGCUCUCGACCCUGAUCGUGGUGAAGCAACUCGGAUCACAUCGGACGGUACUGCCACGAUCUUCAACGCCGUGACAGAUUGGGUGUAUGAAGAGGAAGUAUUCGAGAGUAACCACGCCCUUUGGUUCUCCCCAGGAGGGACUAAGCUCGCCUAUCUGCGCUUUGACGAGACAGAAGUCCCCGUAUACGAUUUCCCGAUUUACAAUCCAGACCCCAGUACUGCUGGGGCGACCACUCCCUACCUGAACUCAAUCAAGCUCAAGUACCCCAAGCCUGGCUUCAAGAAUCCCAUCGUCAGCGCUCAUCUCCUUGAUCUGAAGAAAUUGGCAGACUUGACUGCCCAGUCGACUAGUAUCAACAUUGAGGUGGCCAAAUAUCACUUGAAGUCUCCCUUGCCUGUGAGCGAGAUUGCUGAUGAGAAGAAGGUAGAUGAAGCGCUUUUCGCCGCAGAGGAUGCGAAAGACAGGCUCGUCACAGAGGUAGCCUGGCUUGAUGAUGACUCGCUCUUCAUCAGAGAGACGGACAGAGGCAGCGACCACCUGCGUGGCAUCGUCUUCGAUACCGCAAAGGUAGGAGGAGGGCAAGAGAUGGUGGGGACUGUUGUCCGCAGAAUUGAUGCGAAAGACAAGAGUUGGGUUCCGUUCGGUCAAGACAUCGCAGCGCUUGGUGUGAAAGAUCUCGCGGCGAAGUCUACUGCGUACCUAGACCUCAUCGAGAACAGCCAAGGAUUUAAGCAUCUGGCAUACUACCCCAACGCAACUUCAUCGGCGCCGAUCUUCUUGACCUUCGGGACCUGGGAAGCUGACAAGCUGCUACACGCCGACGUCAAGCGCAACAAGGCCUACAUAUCUGCGGCGUACCCUCUGCCUCACCAUCGCCACAUCUUUGCCGUCGAUCUACCCGACAUCAAGCAAGGCAAGAGUGCUCUGAGCUCCUUUCGACCCCACUUCAAAGACAUCAAUGCUGCCCAUCCAGAGGCCUCCUUCGAUGCGACCUUCGACCCGAAGGGAGCCUACUACCUGCUUCGUGAAGCAGGCCCCAGAGUCCCCACCGCUCGAGUGAUCGGGGUGGACGAUGCUUCCUUCGACUGGAUCGUCGAAGAUAACGCAGCGGCAGUGAAGACGUCCGCUCAGUAUACCCAGGCACAUUAUGUCUACUAUAAUGUCACGCUGCCCAACGGCGUCACCACCUCGGUCAAAGAGAUUCGUCCAUACGACUUUGAUGCCAGCGGCGAGACGCGCUACCCCGUCCUCCUGAACGUCUAUGGUGGGCCCGACUCGCAGCAGGUCACACACACCUACAGCCCUCAAGAGUGGCACCAGUCUCUGGUGAACGAGCUCGGGUACGUCGUAGCCAUUGUCGACGGACGUGGUACGGGAUACCGUGGAGCAGCUUACAGAGACGGCGUAGCGAAGCAGCUGGGCAGUAUAGAGAUUGACGACCUGCUCGCCACGGCAGACAAGAUUCGGCGGCUGCCAUACGUCGACGAGAAGAGGCUCGGGCUAUGGGGCUGGUCCUACGGCGGGUACUUUACCAACAAAGUCCUCGAGCGAGACUCGGGGCUGAUCACACUGGGCAUCUCCGUGGCUCCGGUGACCAAGUGGACCUUCUACGACUCCAUCUACACCGAGCGUUACAUGAAGACGCUCGAGUCCAACCAGGCAGGCUACGAAAAGUCGGAUGUGCACGUCACUGAUGGUUUCAAGCAUGCCCACUAUCUCCUGGCGCAGGGCAGCGGUGACGAGAAUGUCCACUUUGAGAAUUCAGCGCAUCUCCUGGACCUCCUCACUGCGCAGAAGGUGAGGGGAUUCUGGUUCAGGAUGUUCACCGACUCUGCGCAUGGCAUCUCUACGCGUGGGGCGUAUAGGGAGCUGCACGAGUACCUGACAGAUUUCCUCAAGACGAAGUGGGGUGCGGGAGGGAAGAGGCGGUUCGAGGGCAAGGGUGGAAGAAAGGGUCUGGUGGCUGAGCAUGUACAAAGGAGAGGAGUGGAGGAAAGAGAGGAGGAGGAUGGGGGACAGCUCGGGGAGAGGGAUUGGGAGUCAGAGGCGAAGAGAAUAUUCAGGCAGGCGCAGGACGAAGCCCUUGUGCGUCGUCUAGCUCGACGGGGCCGCAAAGGAGCAGACUUGUAGAUUAAUGAAGGUCACCUUUGGACUGUAUAUCUAUCCAUCUUCACGCAUAGAUGGGCACAGCCUCACGUGUGCGGCUUCGUCGCUGUCAUGUCGCUGGUCC